GCCCACUGGUUUAAGCCCAUCCUACAGCCUUAGAAUUAGCUCCAAGGUUGUCCGAAACCAGGGGUACUCAGAGAAACCCACAAACCAGAAGACGCGUCAGCAAGCGGCCUUAGCAUUUCACCAAGACAGCACAACCUCCUGUCAGCAGCAACCUCUUAUUUAUGUGUUCCAAAUUUUUCAAUUUUCUUUGCAACCCAAAAACAAACAAAAAAAGAAAAAGAUUCAAAACCCAUAAAACUUUUGUGUCUUCUUCACAAAACCAAGCCAUAACAGAAGAGGAGAGGGAGAGAGAGAGAGUAUAGUGCUCCAAAAUGGCAAUUUGCGCAGUUUACACGACAACCCAACUGAACCCAACAUGUUCAUUUUCCACACCAGCAUCAAAAACCCAAACCCAGCUGGGAUUUGGAUUUGGAUUCUGCCAGAAGCAGCAGGUGGUGUUUUACAAGAGAAGUCAGAGUAGUAGCAGGAGAUCAAGUGUGAGUUUGAUAACAUGCUCCGCGGGUGGCCAGGAGACGGUGGUGAUUGGUCUAGCAGCAGACUCAGGGUGUGGGAAGAGCACAUUCAUGAGGAGGCUGACGAGCGUGUUCGGAGGAGCCGCGGAGCCACCCAAGGGAGGCAAUCCGGACUCGAACACGCUCAUCAGCGACACUACGACAGUCAUAUGCUUGGAUGAUUACCACUCUCUGGAUAGAACAGGGAGGAAGGAGAAAGGGGUGACUGCUCUUGACCCAAGAGCCAACGACUUUGAUCUCAUGUAUGAGCAGGUCAAGGCAAUCAAGGAAGGGAAAGCUGUUGAUAAGCCCAUUUACAACCAUGUCUCUGGUCUCUUGGACCCUCCUGAGCUCAUCAAGCCCCCCAAGAUUCUUGUCAUUGAAGGCUUGCACCCAAUGUAUGAUCAGCGAGUUAGGGACCUGUUGGACUUCAGCAUCUACUUGGACAUCAGCAAUGAGGUCAAGUUUGCAUGGAAAAUUCAGAGGGACAUGGCGGAGCGUGGUCAUAGUCUUGAGAGCAUCAAAGCCAGUAUUGAAGCCCGGAAGCCUGAUUUCGAUGCUUAUAUUGAUCCACAAAAGCAGUAUGCUGAUGCAGUGAUUGAAGUGUUGCCAACCCAAUUGAUUCCAGGGGAUAAUGAGGGGAAGGUAUUGAGAGUGAGGUUGAUCAUGAAAGAAGGUGUCAAAUUUUUCAACCCAGUCUACUUGUUUGAUGAGGGCUCCACCAUCUCCUGGAUACCAUGUGGAAGGAAGCUCACCUGCUCUUACCCUGGAAUCAAGUUCACCUAUGGCCCUGACACUUACUUUGGCCACGAGGUGUCUGUGUUGGAGAUGGAUGGGCAAUUUGACAGAUUAGAUGAGCUGAUCUAUGUAGAAAGCCAUCUGAGCAACAUCUCCACCAAGUUCUAUGGAGAAGUCACCCAACAAAUGUUGAAGCUUUCGGACUUCCCCGGCAGCAGCAACGGCACUGGUCUCUUCCAAACCAUAGUUGGAUUAAAGAUCCGAGACCUCUUUGAGCAGCUCAUUGCAAGCAAGGCCAAAACUCCAGUAGAGGCAACUAAAGCUUAAAUUAAAACUAUGCCUUAUCUUUCUAUCUACUGUCUACGUACUUUAAGGCAACGCAGGCCACUCUAGAAAAGCUUAUCUUCUUUCAGUUUUCCAUUUUUCCACUCUCUCUCUCUCUCUCUCUCUCUCUCUCUCUCUCUCUCUAGUGUUUCUGUUAGUGUUAGGCUAUUCCUAGCAAGAACAAUGACACUUUGUAAUAUCUUCAUGUUGUAAUUCUAUGGAACAUUUGUAUUAUAGAGAAA